CGUUAUCCUCAAAAUCCCCUCAGUGUCGAAGAGAAUCAAUCGACGAACGAUCCUAUAAAAGCAAUCCGAAAGAUUUCACCUUUUGAAGACCCUUCUCAUUCGUUUCUGCAUUCAUUCUGUACGCAGAUACCAGGAGAUUGGAACUCCGUAGACCUGAGGCGAGAAGGGUUUUUCAUGUCCUUAUCCUCUUCAAUUGCCCCAAUUAUUUAGCCGAGCUCGUACGAUAAGAGGAGGCCACGAAGUUCAUCUCUUCAGAUAAGGCUUGCUUGAGUAAAUGGUUGGGCUCUUAAAUUGGAGAAGAUGGCAUUGGUAACCCAUCAAUUUCAGGGUUCUUACGUGGCAUUUCCCCCAAGACCUUUAUCCUUGAGCAAAGUGCUGACCUUAAAGCGAUGUUAUGUGGUUGGGAAAACAGAUAGACCUUUGUUGCUAAAGCAUCAUAUUCUUUUAAGAGUAGUGUCUCCUCGUUUGUCUGCACCAAGAGUCAAAUGUCUGAGGAUUUCAUCCUUUAAAGGAAUUGCUCAAAAUGAUGAAUCAUCAGGCGGAGCCAGUGGGACAACCUCCAAAAGUUCUGUUAAACUCUCUUACUUACCAAAUGAGAGUGAUGAGACCAUAGUGGAAUCACCAAAGGCACAGAAUGUGCCAGUUUCUUAUACAUCUGAAGCAGAUGAAAGUAUUGGUGGCUCGCCUGCUAUCCAAAGAUUAUUCAGGAAAUGGCUGACGAUAUUGCGCACAAGAUCACCUGGUCAGCUAGUUGAUGAAAUUUCUGGAGAAGCCUUGCCUCCAAGGGGGGUAAGUGAAACUGGGACGCCAGUAAAGGAAAGGAGUCAGCUUAUAAAAGCAUUGUGGUGCCAUUUUUGGGGUCUGGAUGCGGCAAUAAAGAUUCCCUUCAUGAUAUUCGCUCCGUUGUACCUGGCUAUUAAUGUGGCCUAUGGGAGUGAAGUCUCAAAGGAGUUGAACCCUUUGUGGAUCCUGGGGCCAGUUGUUGUCGCCCUCUAUGUCAAGUUGUUCCGAGGAUUGUGGGCACUUUAUUUGUUCACUUUCAAGCAGACAAUUAAACUAGUUAAGAACUUGCCUGUGUACUACCUCACCGCCUAUCAGUAUAUUGCAAGCGGCAAGCUAAAGGAAGACGUACGUUCUCGUGUCUGGCAACCUGUGGUGGAUGUAAAGAACUUGGACUACAAGGAGCUUUCUAGAAGGAAACUGAAAGAACUGCAAGAGUGGUUGCUGGAGAGGUAUUUGGAUUUUGUUGAGUCGAUAUGGCCAUAUUACUGUAGAACAAUUAGAUUCUUAAAGAGGGCUAAUCUCAUUUAAGUUGCACAACUUGAUUGGAGAAGGUGGGGCUAUUGUUUAGGCGGUUUUUUGACUUCAUGAUAUGGUAUGAGAGCCCCCUUUUGGCCUGGGGCUCUCGGUUAGAUCCUGAUCAAGUCGAGUUGACAGCAAGCAGUCAGGGAUAUAUAGAUAUAUAUAGCUUUUUGCUGGCGAUGUUCUAAUUCAUGUAUGAGAUCCUCAUAAAUUGUUUUGUCUGGUUGCAUCUGUUAUUUGAUUGAGAGAAGCAGAAAUGACUGUCUAUUCUAAACCGCCAAGCGGAGCAUUUGGUUCUA